AUGAAAACAUCUCGUUGGGUCGUGGAACACACUUUGGCUCCAUUUGUCGGAAUCGAUGCACACGCGAGUUCGCGGGAGCAAUCGGGCAGGCCCUCCGGUGGAGCCUGGAGCCGGAGGGGCGGGGGAGGGGCCGGGGGAGAGAAACGGGCGCGCAUUUCCGAGGCGUCCAGCCCGUCGCCGAGGACCGAGGGCUCCCAGGAGCAGAAGAGCCCCACGUGCUCGCCGCCCCCCUCCACGCCGCCGCCGCCCUCCCCCUCCGACCACGACCUCAACGUGGAGGAGGAGCUCGAGGAGCACGAGCCCUCCCUCACGCCCGAGAACCUCUCCAUGAAGGAGAGGGACGACGUGAAGAGGGAGGACGACAAAUGGGAGAGCCCCGACUUGAAGUACAAGUACAGGCAGAGGAGCGCCGCCGAAAACGUCGCCGAGGAGCCGGCGCCCCUGCACAAGUCGCCCGUGGACGUCCUCAUGAAGGUGUUCCCCCGCCGCGGCCGCCACGAGAUCGAGGCCAUCCUGGCGCGCUGCAAAGGGGACGUGGUGGCCGCCAUGGAGGCGAUGGUCAACGGCCAGGACGGCGCGUACACGAGCCCCGACUCCCCCUACUUGCAGUACCAGUCCAAGUCGGCCUUCUCGCCGCUGACCCACCAGAGCUUCAAGUUCUCGCCGUCGCGCCGCUUCCUCACGCCGCCGUACAGCGGCACGGGCUACCUGCCCACCGUGAUUCGGCCCCCGCCCGACUACCUGCCGCCCUUCCUGCCCCCCGCCGAGAUGAUGUACGGCCGCCAGAUGCAGCUGCCCUCGCCCGGCACCUCCCCCACCUCCCCCACCUCCCCCACCUCCGACAACACCAACAACGAGGGCUUCUCCGAC